ACUGAUAGAUUACCCAUUUACAAGGGUAACUCCCCUCAUGUGAAAAUAAGUAGAAUGAUCCAAUAUGGCAGCGUCCUUGUGGAGCAAGGGUUUUCGGUUUUGGGUAUCAUCUUGGAAAUGUGGAGGAGUUCUGUUGGCUCCAGAGAUAAGGAGUAUUCACAGUACAGUAGUCUGUUUAAAGAAUCGAGCAGCACGAGUUCGAGUUGGGAAAGGAGACAAGCCUGUUACUUAUGAGGAAGCUAACCCUCCUCAUCAUAUUGCUCACCGGAAAGGGUGGCUCUCUCAACAUACUAGUAACCUGGAUAAUGAGUGUGGAGCAGCGGAGAGAACUAUAGAGGAUGUAUUCAUCCGACGAUUCAUAUAUGGAACAUUUCAUGGAUGUCAGGCCAAUGAAAUUGUUAUCAAGAGACGAGCAAAUAUGAUCAUUAUCUGUCCAAUUUUCCUUCAGAAGCUAUCACCACAGAAGUUCUAUUUCCUUAUUGGUUAUACAGAGACUGUCCUUUCUUACCUCUUUAAAUGCCCUGUGAAAAUGGAAGUGCAGACAGUUGAAGAAAAAGUUGUGUACAAAUACCUAUGAUCUUGGCCCUCUGUUAAAAAAAAUGGGAGCACUAAGAAUAUGCAAUUUAACAUUCUGAAAAGUUCUGUAACCAAGCCAUUUAAGAAAUCAGGAGUAGCAUUUGAUGGUUUUGUUUUUAAAGACACCUCUCUCUGAGUCUGCGUGUAUAUAUUCUGCAUAUAUUUUGUAAAGUACAUAGUAUGAAACAUUAAAAUGGGAAUGCAGAUACACAACUAAAUUUGUAUGCUGUCUACUGCAGGCACCAAGAACUGAAACUGAAGAAGAAAUCGUGUUCUGGUACCAGGAAAAAAAAUUACAGUGUGCAAGUGUGAAUUGAGAGGUCAUUGAACCAAGGGCAUCAGCUAAGUGAUCUUAACAACUACACUUCCCUUUCUCCUGUUGAAGUAGCUGCAGGCCUCUGUAAAGAAGGAAAUGGAAAGCAUGGUUUACAAAAUGAUGGCACCAAGAUUAAAGCUAUAACUCUUAGUAGAGGUAUCUGUUUAGAGAGUGUGAUGUGUGAGACAGAAAUUUGGGUUCUAGUAUUGGAAUAACACUUUGUUUCUAGCCCAUUGCUCACGUUUGUUUGGCACUGAAAAACUGCUUACAUAGUUAAUUGGCUGGAACACGCUGUCUUCACUGUAAUUUUUGUGGGUAACUAGCAUUUGCAUGCUUUCAUUUUCUAGUGUUCCAUUUUGAGCAUUUGCUGGAUAACCUAUCUGUGAAAGAGUUAAUCUGAGGUAUUGUUUGAUGCAGUUAACUUUUCUGAACUGCAGUAAUAUGGAGAUAAAAGCAGACCAUUUCAAGAGUGUGAUGGGAGCAUCUCAAGGCUCAAGCUUUACCUCAUUGUAAAGAAUCACCAGAGAAUCUGAUCUGCAGUUUGCCCGCAGACUUAAAAAAUAUGCACACAUUUUAAUGUAACAUUGUAUUUUGGUUUGUUUAUCUUGUUAAUAAGUGGCUAUUGUCCUCAUUGUGUAUUACACUCAUUAGGUCAGCCUCUGUGUGAGGUUAAAUGUUGAAAAUACUCUGCUAGCAAAUGGCAUUUGUUGUGCUGCAUAUUCCUGUUUUUAUAACCGGGAGCUGAUGAAAAAUGGCAAAUUGCAAUGUAUUUGGGAAGUCUGAAGUAAACUACAGUUGAAUAAAUGCAGUCCAUUUUAUUAAGUGCUAAAAAUGGUUCAGCUGACUCAG